AUGGCGACGUCGAUCAGCCAGUUCAUUCACAACCACCCCAACAACAACACCCACAACGUCUACCUCCUCAAAUUCUUCAACCACACCAUCGAAACCCUAGUCACCGACACACCAUCCUUCGUCGACACAUGGAUCUCCACCAUCCACCACACCCACCGCCACCAUCUCCACUCCCUCAUCGUCGGCCUCGACGUCGAGUGGCGUCCUAACCAAACCCCAAACCACCAAAACCCCAUCGCCACCCUCCAACUAUGCGUCGGAAACCACUGCCUCAUUUUUCAAAUCCUAAACUCCUCAUCCAUCCCACAAUCUCUCAUUAACUUCCUUGGUAACCCUUCCUACACGUUUGUUGGAGUAGGCAUUGAAAAUGACGUGCAGAAACUUGGUUUGGUGGUUGCGAAGAGGGUGGAUUUGAGGAGUGUGGCUGCGUAUGCGUACGGUGGGAUGGAGUUUAAGAAUGCUGGGUUGAAGCAACUGGCGAGUAUGGUUUUAGGGUGGGAGAUAAACAAACCGAGAGAUGUUACGAUGAGUGGUUGGGAUAACAAGUGUCUUACUCCGGUUCAGGUGCAGUAUGCGGCUAUUGAUGCGUUCGUGAGUUUUGAGAUUGGGAGGGUUUUGAUUUCUGGGAAUCGUUACUGA